AUGGUGAAAACCAAUCAGAAGAAUUCAAUGGAGAGGAAUUUGCUAAUCUUUCACAACAAUUCAAGAAAUUUUUCAAAAGUCAAAAUUCCAGAAGUCAUGACUCAAGAAAUCACUCAGAGAGAGUCAAGUGCUAUGAAUGCGAAGGAUAUGGACGGUGAUUAUACUGAUGAGAGCGUCAAGUGCUAUGAAUGCGAAGGAUAUGGACAUAUUGCCUCUAAAUGUGCCAACACACAAAAGAAGCAAAAUGGAAAAACCAAAGCACUGAAUGUAACCUGGAGUGACAGUGAUUCAGAAUCAGAAAGCACAACAAAAUAUGAUGUGCUGGAAAAGUAUGAUGAUUUGUUGACUGUCUCUCAGAAGCUCAACAAACAUAAUAGAGAACUUGCAAAAAGAGUUGCUGUGCUGGAGCUCGAAAAUAGUAGGACUGCCAGGACGUUGCAAUCCUCUGCUGCUGAACCAGAUAUAAUGGGUGAAGAAAAGAUCGAAGAGAAACGUGGCCUAGGUUUUGAUUCAAUCAACAAGUCUUCCGCUAUAUCCAUAACAAAGUUUGUCAAACCAUCACUUCCUACUGGUGCUCCAACUUCUCAAACAACUUGA